GUUUGGGAUACCUUAUCAAUGAUGACAUUUGGUGCAAUCAGUACAACAAUAAAUGUUGAAUUUGAAGAUGUUCGAUUUUUGCGAGCUACAACAAUUUCAACGGGCCAAAAAGUCGAUUUAAACAUAAUGAUUCACUAUGGCAAUGGUCAAUUUGAAAUCAGCGAAAAUGCAGUCACUGUAGUAUCUGGAAUAGUUCGUAAUGUUGAAACCGCAGGGCCAAAUAAUGAAGAGGUCGAAAAUUUCAAAGGUGGUUUUAAUGUCCUUGAGAAGAAAGACUUCUACAAAGAGCUUCGAUUGCGUGGUUAUCACUACCAGAAUUUAUUCCAGGGUGUCGAAAAAGCACAAGGAGAUGGAUUGAAAGCGAUUAUUAAAUGGAACAAAAACUGGCCAUGCUUCUUAGAUACAAUGCUUCAAUUGAUUAUAUUGGCAAAAGAUUCGCGUUCGUUAUAUUUGCCAACUCGGAUUCGACGAAUUCGAAUUGAUUCCAAAAAACAGAGAGUUGCACUGAACAGCACCUGUGACGCAUUGCUGGUCGCAUCGUAUGAUCCCGAAAUAAAGAUGAUUAAAUGCGGUGGAGUGGAAAUCUGUGACAUGAGUGUGAAUGUGAUUGCGCGUCGCAAACCAACGGGCUCAGAAGUCUUCGAGUCAUAUCGGUUCUUACCGUUAGUCCCAAGUGAAACUCUAACCAUUGCCAAUGGCGUUCAUGUUUUAACUCAGAUCAUCACUGAAAAUUUGAUCAACCUACCAAAAUUGAAAAUCAUUGAAAUCCAUUCGAAAAAUGUUGCGCCAAUCAUACCGUUGUUCGAUGAAUCAAUCGCAAAAAGUCCCCUCAUCAAAGGUGAUUUACGAUUUCUGACCGAACAACCAGAUCUUUUCUUCGAAAAUGUUAUAUCAUUGAGAAACACACGAGUUUCCGCUUUGAAAGGUUACACUCUAACAAUCGCAAUGGAUAAUGCUACGAGCCAAGUGGAAGAGGUUCUUAAAUCGAUUGGAGAGCAAUCAUUCUUACUUGUGCGAAAAAGUGGAAAUGCCACAUUCACUGAAGUACCAACGGAUUUCAAUAUGAUUACGGCCAUUCCGACCGAAAACGAAACGUUGGUACUGCUUCAACGUAAACCAGCUGCGAAACCCGUCGAUACACCCGUUGUUGUUGUAGAGGUAUUAUCAACAGACUAUAAUUAUAAAUGGCUCGAAGUGGUCAAAGCCAACAUUAAAACGGGUCCUGUAUUGCUUGUUGCUCAAAAUGAUCAAACACCCGGUUUAUUGGGACUUGUGAAUUGUCUGCGACGUGAACCAGGUGGAGAGAAUGUUCGUUGUGUCAUCAUUAUGGAUCGGUUGUUACCGAAAUUUGAUUUCGAUAAUAGUUUGUAUGCGUCUCAGUUGGAGCUAGGAUUGGCGGUGAAUGUUUAUCGUAAUUCGGUUUGGGGAACUUAUCGAUAUUUUGAACUAAAACCAAGCCUACAAGAGACCACACGCUUGGAUCAUGUGUAUGCCAAUGUCCAGAGAAUUGGUGAUUUGUCAUCGUUCGAUUGGUUUAAUGGAUCGCUGAAACCAACCGUAGAUAGAUUAGUGAACGUUCAUUAUUCGUCGAUUAACUUCCGAGAUGUGAUGUUGGCUUCCGGUCGACUUUCAUUGGAAUUUUGUCGUGGUUCUCGCAUCGAAGAUGAUUGUGUACUUGGAUUGGAAUUCUCUGGAAUCAAUUCGAAUGGUGAUCGUGUGAUGGGAAUGGUUAAAUCAGGAUCAAUGGCAACACAGGUAUUAUCACAGGAGCAUUUAACAUGGAUCAUUCCCGAAGAUUGGUCAUUACGUGAUGCUGCUACAAUUCCAGCCGUUUAUAUCACCGUUUAUUAUGCAUACUUCUUUGGAAAAUCUGUUAUGCGUAACAAUUCGAUUUUGAUUCAUGCGGGUAGUGGUGGAAUUGGCUUGGCAGCAAUUCGGAUAGCUCUAGCCUAUGGUCUGGAAGUUUUUACAACUGUUUCGACGCAACAAAAGCGAAAGUUUAUUUUGGGCUUGUUCCCGCAACUUAAAGAGGAAAAUAUUGGUAAUUCACGUGAUUGUUCAUUCGAACAGUUGGUGAUGCGACGUACCAAAGGUCGAGGAGUUGAUUUCGUAUUAAAUUCACUAUCGGAUGAUAAACUGGCAGCAUCAGUUCGUUGUUUGGCCCGAGGUGGCACAUUUCUGGAGAUCGGAAAAUUCGACAUCAUGAAUAAUUCGUCGCUGGGAAUGAGUGCAUUCCAAAAUGAAACAACAUUCAGAGCCGUGUUUGCCGAUAAUUUAAUUGAUAUGCCCGAAGAACGUAAAAUUAUCUAUGAAUUGAUUGACAAAGAUUUGAGAACGGGAAUCAUUCAACCACUUCAUUCGACUGCAUUCCAAGUCAAUGAAAUUGAACAGGCUUAUCGUUACAUGAGCACGGGUAAACAUGUUGGAAAAGUGAUGAUUCAAAUGCGAGAAUUAGAGCAUUCAUUAGCGUCAGUUCCAAUUAAAGUAAAUCCAAAGCUUUACUGCAAACCAGAUUUAGUUUAUAUUGUAGCGGGUGGUUUGGGUGGCUUUGGAUUGGAAUUUUGCGAUUGGCUUGUAGUUCGUGGUGCUAGAAAUUUGGUUCUCAAUUCAAGACGUGGAAUCACCACCACAUAUCAAGCAUAUAGAAUUAGUCUAUGGGAGUCAUAUGGUUGUCAAGUGGUUGUGAACACAGCCGACAUUGGUUCUUAUCAAGGUGCCAAGAGUUUGCUUGUCGACUCAUUAAUAUACGGCCAAAUUGGUGGUAUUUUCAAUUUGGCUGUUGUACUUCGCGACAGUAUUUUGGAUAAUCAAAGUGUCGAGAAAUACCGAGAAUGCAUAGCUCCAAAAGCCAUUGCAACCAGAUACUUCAAUGAAUUAUCGCGAAUUUUAUGCCCGAAGUUGGAACAUUUUGUUGUUUUCUCAAGUGCAUCAAGUCGUGGCAAUGCUGGUCAGUCAAAUUACGGAAUGGCAAAUUCAAUCAUGGAACGAAUCAUUGAACAGCGUGUACAGGAUAAAUUACCAGGCAAAGCAAUCCAAUGGGGUGCAAUCGGUGAAGUUGGCCUCGUCGCUGAAAUGUCAAAAGGAAAAGACAUUGAAGUUGCAGGAACGCUACAACAACGGAUUAGCUCGUGUUUAAAUGCAUUGGACCUUCUACUCACAUCACCACAAGCUGUUGUUUCCAGUGUGGUUGUGGCUGAUAAAAGUGGCGGUGAAAUGGGUCAAGACGGUCAAUUGACGCUCAUCAAAAGUGUCAUGAAAAUUAUGGGCAUUCGCGAUAUUAAGGCAAUUUCGAAAAAUGCUUCAUUGGCCGAAUUGGGCAUGGAUAGCUUAAUGUCGGUUGAAAUCAAACAAGUGCUGGAACGUGAAUUUGAUGUGUUUCUUACAGCGCAACAGCUACGCUCAGUCACAUUUGCCAAAUUGGAAGAACUCUCGGGUACUGGUGCUGGCGGAAAACUUGAAACCGAAGAACCCAGCAAACAUAAAAUACCAACAAAGAAAUUAUUUGAAAAUUUAGGCGAUGAAAGUGUUAGCGGCGUUACACUCUUACCUAUAAAUAGUCUCAAAGGAAAAUCCCCACAAAUUGUUUUCGUUCCAGGUAUCGAAGGUGUUGCUAGUCCAACGUGGCAUGGUCUCGGCGCAAAUAUGAAAACACCUAGUAAAGUUCUCCAAUUCAUGAAGUCACAACAUUUAACUGAUUUGAAUGCGGUCGUAAACUCAGUAUUCGAUGAGGUGUAUCAAAUUUUUUCCAAUCAAGCGGAAUAUUGUAUUGUAGGCCAUUCGUUUGGCUCAUUGAUUGCAUUAAAAGUAGCCUCAAUGCUUGAGAAAUUAGGCAAAGUGGGGCGUGUAAUUUUGAUUGACGGUUCACCCGAAUACUUGUUUAGAUUAUCAGAAGGAUUACAUCGAUCUACCCAGACUGGAAAUCAUGAAAAUGAUCUUAUUAUGAUAUUAUUCACUCAUUUCUGUAGUUCAGAGUUUCUCGAUGAUUUUAUUAAAAAACUACAAGCUUGCGAUAAUUUGUCGUUAAAAAUCGAUUUGAUCAGCACGUAUAUGUCAACUGAAUUCAAAACCAAUUAUUCGAAAAAAUAUAUAAACGACAUUACUGUGGCUAUUUUGAAUCGACUGAAAAUUAUCAUGAGCAUGAGCGAAAACAAAGACGCAAUGUACGGCAUUAUGGAUGUAAAAUUGAAAUCACCAAUCACAUUAAUUCGACCCACACAGGCUUCGUUUGCCGAUAUUGUUGAAGAUUAUGAUCUACGAAAGUAUUCGGAACAAGAAAUAACCAUCAAAUAUAUAGAAGGACAUCAUUUAUCUGUGCUCGAAAAUAUCGAACUCACAAACAUUCUGAAUAAUAUAUCUUCACAAUAUACAAAUGCAUCGUAACAUCAUGAGUUGAAUUACGGGUUACUGGCGGGAUAUUAAGGUUAACUUAUAGUGAAUGGAAGCCGAUGGAAGCUUAAUUUAUAUUUUCUAAGUAAGAUGUAUUAAGAGUAAUAAAUGUAACAAAAAUAAAAUGUCUUACAUCCGUAAGAUGAACUUUUCCGCACUGUCA